AUGGGUGAUAUUAUUCCAUCAGGAAAAUAUUUAAGAUUACGUAAUCAUACGUACAAAAUCAAUGGAAUGCUUGGCAUGGGUUUACAUAGUAAAGUCUAUACUGCACAAGAUAAUCAAACACAUCAGACAUUAGCAUUAAAAGUAAUUGAUCUUAAUCAUAAAAAUAUGCAUGUAAAAGCAAGUACAAUUUCUCGAAGACAAAGUUUUCAAAAAGAAUUACGUUAUUUAUUACGAUUACAAACAAUUAAUCCGUAUAUUGUACGCGUAUUCGAUUAUGAUAUUCGAAAUACUGGUAUAAUAGCAAUGGAACAAGGAUUACCAUUACGUGAAUAUUUACCGAAACAUAAUUCUGUUUCAUAUCCAGUAUUACCUCAAUUAACUGUCCAUCAAUUUUGGAGACAAUUAGUUGACGGUGUUCGAUUAUUACAUCGAUCAAGAAUUGUACAUUCUGAUCUUAAACCAGAAAAUAUAAUCGUAUUACCAAAUGGUCAAACGAAAAUAAUUGAUUUAGGCAUAUCAUUCACAUUACCAAGAAUGGUUGCAGCAAAAAGAAGAGUAUGGGCGGGUACCCCUGAUUAUAGUUCACCUGAAAUGCAUAAAGUACCUAGUGGAGUGGCGCCCAAAUUUGGUUAUAAAAGUGAUAUAUGGUCACUUGGAAUUAUUCUUCAUGAAAUGGCUGCUGGUUAUAGACCACUUCAUGCUUAUACAACGAAUUUUGAAAAAAUUCAAUAUUUAAAAUAUUUAAAACAUGAUUUACCAAUUGAACAAAAUUUACUACAAGGUGUAUAUCAUGCACUAACACAAUGUUUGAGAGUUAAUCCAAAAUAUCGUCUUACUGCUGAGCAAUUAUUUGCACAUUCCUAUGUAGUCAAUGGUUAUUAA